CACACUGCUCUGGAUGAAUGUGCUGUGCACAGCAGGGGCGGACUGACCAUUUGGAAACUCGGGCACUGCCCGAGGGCCCGGGGUCAGUAGGGGGCCCCAUGAGAUGCCCCUGGUACCUUUUUAAUAGGCUUUUUUGAGUUUUGGCAAGGACACAGGGGCCCCAUGAUCCCCUAUUGCCCGGGGGGCCCCAUGAGUUGUACGUCCACCCCUGGUGCACAGCCAUCCAGAGCAGUGGUGAUGUGCAGUGUUAGUUUUCCACCACACAUAGCA